CUGUGCGCUCUGGGGCUUAGGGUGACGCCCAGCGUGGUGCGGAGGCUUUUCCCGCCGCCAGAGGGGGCUGAGGUGCCAGUCGAGGCUGGCGGCUUCCUGCUGGGCCUGGGUAGUCCCACGCGCGCGCUCUGCGGUAGAGCCCCGCGGAUCGGCAACCCCGGACUCCCGAGCCCCACUCUUGGUUUUUCUAGGGGCUCUGCUACAUGUGACCGCAAUGAAAAAUGGGGACAAUGAUGAUUUGGUAACUGGCACAUUUCCCAAGCGCAAGAGCUCAAAAGAAUGGUUGGAACCACAGUCGCUUUCCUUUAUGGAGGCCUUAGCUAAAGAAGAUAUUGAUGCAGCUAUUCAAUCAAUAUUAUACAGAGAAAAUUAUGUAAUAAAGGAGCUAGAUACAUUUUUAUAUCAUCACGAAUUCUUAAAUGCAAGAAGAAAAGAGAUAUUAUAUAAAAAAUGGGCCGAUCAUGUAGCAGAUCCUCUCCAGAAGAAAAUUGUAGAAAAAAUUUGUUCACAUAAGAAGAUUAAAAAAAGGAGACAACAAGAAUUAGACAAUUUUUUGAAACAUGUAAAUAAGAAGGGAAAUGCAUUUAUAGAACAUUAUGAUCCAAAAGAGUAUGAUCCUUUUUAUAUGCGCAAAGAGGACCCCAAUUUUCUAAAGGUUAUCAUGCCACAGUUUUGUGACCCUUUGAAAAAAGCACAAUAUGACAAGGAUGAUGAAAAAAGGACUCUUCUUCAGUGUGAGACUGGCAAAAUAUAUACAAGGAAGGAAUUUAAAGAGAUUGAGAAGGCCCAACUGCAUUCUAGAUUCCCAAGUAUUUCUAAUUCAAGGCAAUAUAUGACUCCAAAUGAAUGGCUUAAAGUGCCUAUGAGAUACAUAGAAAGUGAAUUUUGUAAAAAGAGCAGGUUAAAAGUGAAGGUGAAUUUUAAUGAUAGUAGUUUUGAUAUGAAACCCUUGAAAAGAGUGCCUAAUUUUCUGGACAGCCAGGAGGAAGAAAAGACAGUUAGUUACAAAAACAGAGGACUGCCCUCUCUGAACAAAGAAGCUGUCUGUCAGGAAGGAAAGAACCCAAGUUCCAAAGAGAUAAAUUCCAAAGGGUGCUUUUCUUCCGUGAACCUCAGCCAGGAGGUAGAAAGGGAUGAAGACCAGGAUGUGGUUAUGACAACCACACAUCCUGAUUCUUGAUCCCUGAAAGGGGCACCAAAGAAGGCUGCUUCAGAGGAACGUUACCCAUUGGCUGGAAUCCUGAGGACUAAGGAAGACAUUCAAGAGUUGUUAUGUUCUUAUAUGCAAUAAACUUCAUUUAACUUUUGA